UCAAUUGUCGGUUUAAAAGUUAACUUCCGGUUUGAGUGUUUAGGUGGAAGCGUUGUCGCAAAAACCCUACAUGUGUUGUUAUUUACCGAAAUAAGCUAAUAUUCACCACGAUUGCUUGAUUGAAAUGGAUAUACUGAAAGCUGAGAUCGCAAGGAAACGAAAGCUCCUUGAAGACAAACAGCUUGUUGACGACAACAAAAAAUACUUCAAAAGGUCGGAUCUUGCACAGAAGGAACAAGAAGAUUACUUCAGAAGAUGUGGAUAUAAGGUUCAGAGAGAGACUCCUGAGAGCCAGAUUGAUAAGAAAGAAGAAGAUGAGCCAUCCACCUCAGCUAAUCCAGUGUUAGAACUGGAAUUAACUGAAGAGAAGCUGCCAAUGACACUGUCACGACAGGAGGUAAUUAGACGGCUUAGAGAACGAGGGGAACCAAUCCGGCUGUUUGGAGAGUCUGAUUAUGAUGCCUUCCAGAGACUUAGGAAGAUUGAGAUCCUGACCCCAGAAGUAAACAAGGGCUUGAGGAAUGACCUUAAAGCAGCCAUGGACAAGAUUGACCAGCAGUACCUGAAUGAGAUUGUUGGAGGAACAGAGGCAGGAGAAGUGGACACACAACACGACCUGAAAGUGCAUGAAGAAAACACCACUAUCGAAGAAUUAGAGGCUCUUGGUAAAACCCUGGGCACAGGAGAUGAUGAUGGAGACCAGGAAGUUAUCCACAAAUUUUUGAGGUUUCUUCUUGGUGUUUGGGCCAAAGAUCUAAACAGCCGAGAAGACCACGUGAAGCGAGGUGUUCAGGGCAAGCUGGCCAGUGCAACUCACUCACAAACUGAGUCUUACCUCAAACCUCUCUUCAGGAAACUCAGGAAGAAGAGUUUACCAGCUGACAUCAAAGAGUCAAUUACAGAUAUCAUCAAGUUUAUGUUGGAAAGAGAAUAUGUCAAGGCAAAUGAUGCCUACCUGCAGAUGGCCAUUGGUAAUGCUCCCUGGCCUAUCGGUGUGACCAUGGUGGGUAUCCACGCUCGAACUGGGCGAGAAAAGAUUUUCUCCAAGCACGUGGCCCACGUUCUCAACGACGAGACACAGAGAAAAUACAUCCAGGGACUGAAGAGGCUAAUGACCAUCUGCCAGAAACACUUCACGACGGUUCCAUCAAAGUGUGUGGAGUACAAUGCACUUUAACUUGUAACAGAUUAACUUAGGCUGUCAGGUCAGUUGUAUCACAAUCCAAUGACCAAAGUGAGGUUGUGGCAGAAAUAUUUAACAUCCUGGAAUUCAGUAGCCUUCAACUACAUGUGAGCGAUAACAUUUUAAAGAAAUGCAUCAUUUAAACCGAUGUUGUGUGAAAAAGACCUGCUGCAUACAGACAGAAUUGUGCUAACUUGCAAGUGAAAAUGGAAAUAUCUCAGAUUUAGCUGGAGAACACUCAUCAACACUUGAGUCGUAUUAGACUUGUCCCUGUGAGCCACUGGGGAAAGUGAUGCACCUGUCAUGCCAUUAAUAGUCACAAGUCUUCAGUCCAUCUUGAGAACAUGUUUGUUUAUUGUGGCUCUGAGGAGUUCUAAUCAUUGUUUCAGGAAAUGUGAAACCGUAAAAAGGUUUAUCUCUUGUUCUUCUCUUAAUACCAUUUUACAUGCAUUUUUUUUUUCAAAGUUUAUUUUGAUGAUGUGGGAAACAAAGUGUCAUUUGAUCCAGUAUUGUAAGUUUUAUUACACCUGCGACAUGACUGUUGUAACUCUUUUAUUGACUUGCUAAAAUCAAUGCAGAUUCAGUUCUGUUUGCAUGUUUUCAGCAGAUUAUUAAACCAAUCAAUGUGUCCUUGUACUAGCUUGGUCGGGAAAUAAAGUGUUUUGUUAUACCAGCUGCCGAGAAUGUUUGUAAUGCUGUAAUUUUCCUUCUUCAAAAUAAAUUCUGUUCCGUAAUUGUUGAGAUUGGCUCUCUUGUCUUCUGCAGCUGGGCUGCUUGAUGGGACUAUUUUUAGCCAAUGUAGGUUUUUUUUGGGCAUUAGAAAAAAUGUCUUGGGAGCAGCGAAACAGUUACUAAUAAAGGACUGUAAAUGCA